GAUCGCGAGAAAAAAAAAUGCAACCUCCCAAAAUAAAGAGCAAAGAUUGCAUUAGGAGCGAACAGCAGCGCUGCAGAAAUAGAUGGCAGCUUCGCGUCAGUGAGUUUGCAUAUCCCCCUUCCUGAUGCACGAGCUGGAGUGAUUAGAGCCCUGGAAGGGAAUUGUUACUCCCGUGAAGUGCCCUUUUCCUGGCAGUCAUCUGCACUGUACACGCUGGAUGCCUCUCUCCAUCCACCCCGCUCCUCUCUCCUCUCUCACCUCCUCUCUCCCUCUCUCCUGCAUUGAUUCCCCCCCCCUUUUUUUUAGUUGACUGAAACAAAACAAAACAAAAGGGCCACUGGAUGUCUGCCUUCUUGGGGGGUGAGCCAGACAGACUGACAAACAAACAGACCCAACUGAGCUCGGGGGAGGGUUUCUCCUCCCGUUUUGCCCGGCAGCAGCAGCAUGGACGUGUUGGCUAGUUAUAGUAUAUUCCAGGAGCUACAACUUGUCCACGACACCGGCUACUUCUCAGCUUUGCCAUCACUGGAGGAGACCUGGCAGCAGACAUGCCUUGAAUUGGAACGCUACCUCCAGACAGAACCCCGGCGGAUCUCGGAGACCUUUGGCGAGGACCUGGACUGUUUCCUCCACGCCUCUCCUCCCCCGUGCAUCGAGGAAAGCUUCCGGCGCCUAGAUCCCCUGCUGCUCCCAGUGGAAGCCACCAUCUGCGAGAAGAACUCUGCAGUGGACAUUUUGCUCUCUCGGGACAAGUUGCUAUCCGAAACCUGCCUCAGCCUCCAGCCAGCCAGCUCUUCUCUAGACAGCUACACAGCCGUCAACCAGGCCCAGCUCAACGCGGUGACCUCAUUAACACCCCCCUCGUCCCCUGAGCUCAGCCGCCAUCUGGUCAAAACCUCACAGACUCUCUCAGCCGUGGAUGGCACGGUGACGUUGAAACUGGUGGCCAAGAAGGCUGCCCUCAGCUCGGUGAAGGUGGGAGGGGUGGCAGCAGCCGCAGCAACCGUGGCACCUGCUGGGACAGUUAAGAGUGGACACAGCGACAGUGAACAAGGAGGGGCCGACACAUGCCCUGAAAACAAGAAGAGGGUUCACCGUUGUCAGUUUAACGGGUGCCGGAAAGUUUAUACAAAAAGCUCCCACUUAAAGGCCCACCAGAGGACUCACACAGGUAGCGAGAAGCCUUACAAGUGCUCGUGGGAAGGAUGUGAGUGGCGUUUUGCACGGAGCGAUGAGCUCACGAGGCACUACAGGAAACACACAGGUGCAAAGCCCUUUAAAUGCAACCACUGCGACAGGUGUUUCUCCAGGUCUGACCAUCUUGCCCUCCAUAUGAAGAGACAUAUCUAGACACCUAAAGGCCAGAGUUGCCAUGGCGACGGCUGAUGUCCCAAGGAAAAGCCGCGAGGCCGAGGGCUGGACUUCCGGCGGGGAUCACUGCCUCGCAGAAGAAAAGUUCUCGCUUCCAAACCUCUGUGUACACGCACGUACACGCACACGUACACACACCCUCUCACACACAGACCCACGCACAGUCAUGCACUCGACCAUAUUUAAACUACAUACGUCUAUUCCUUAUGCCUUGCCCUAGCCCGACGGUAGGAGAUGAGGAAGCAGCAGCCAGGCGAACUCGGCAAGGCAGGCUGGCUGGUGACUUCGCGCCGCCGGGACGACU